CUGACACACUGGUUUGAUUUCAUUAUACAGUAUCAAUCUGGAGUCGAUCCAUUCGAAGAAAUGCUGAAAAUGGAACAAAGUGCACCUCCAAGAUAUGAAGAAGACUGGGCUGAUGUCUACGAAUUCAUUGAAAGGGACUCGAGCAGAAAAAAUGUUCCGGCAAUUGAAGCGAUUGAACGACGCCUCGCAUUCUCUCCUCUCAUAACACCAAAUCCAGGAGCAAAGCAAUUUGCACCUAUUCAUGUACCUGGCCGAGAGCCUCCAAGGAUGCUUCUUCCACCAACACCCCAUUUCCAAGCUCCAUUCUCCCCGCAUCCACCUCCAGUUCAACAAGUUCCGAGCUACAGCCCACCUCAUGCACCUCCAAGUUAUGAAACGUAUCCAGAGGUCUACUAUCCUCCACACAUCAUUUGUAACCCUUAUGAUGUACCAACGACCUCAGAUAGAAAUCCACCAUAUUAUACGGAAGUGACAACUGUUUCUGCAGUGACACUUCAUUCGAUGACUCCACCAACUCAUAAAAUCGAAACACCACCAUCAAGUCCAGAAAAUUCGUUUGGUCCACUUGCAUCACAGUUACCUGCCAUCAAAAUGGAGAUUCCCAUGCAUCCACUACCGCACAACGGCGAACUCGAUUCAACUCGCUCUUCACCCUCUUCCACUACAUCAAGCGAGCGAUCGCCACUGCAGCGGAAGUCACGUAUUGAAUCAAACAAAAGGAAUCCAACUGACAAGAAGUUUGUUGUUCAUGCAUGCACGUAUCCUGGAUGCUUUAAAAAAUACUCUAAGUCUUCACAUUUGAAAGCUCAUGAGCGGACUCACUCUGGUGAGAAACCUUUUGUGUGCAAAUGGCAAAACUGUUCUUGGAAGUUCGCACGAAGUGAUGAAUUGACAAGACAUAUGCGAAAACAUACUGGAGACAAGCCAUUCCGCUGCAGCCUCUGUGACCGUAAUUUUGCUCGUUCCGACCAUUUGAGUCUUCACAUGAAGCGCCAUAGCACAAUCUAGAUGCUUUAAUCCGAAUAAGAUCACUACGAAUUGCUUUAAUUUUUAUUUAUACCUUAUCCAUUCUCAUCAUCUCCUUGAUUCCCAUCCUCUUUUGCCCACGUCACCAAUUAUCUGUGUUAUCUCUUACCUUCUCAUUUCAAAAAAAUACUGGUUUUAUUUGUUCACUUUCUCAAACACGUUUAAUUUUUCCAAUUUGCUCUACUGUCCUAAAUUGAAAUUUUUCGAAAAAUGAAUAAAUUCAAAUCGAAA